GUACCUCGAAGGAGCGCAACUGAAUCUCAGAAAUUUAUAUCCAGAAGUUUCAUUUCCUGUGGGGCGUGGGACGAAAAUGCUAUCUCCUUUAGUGAAAUGGGACCACAGCGUGUCCUGGUUCGCCGAUGUAUGGAAACACUUGGACUAUUUUGGCGAUGUUAUUUCGGUCAACGUUUCGGAUGAGAAAUAUUCCUACCUCAGAGGACAUUAUAUUGACGGAAGGGUUUUGAUGCCCGCCACUGGAUAUUUGGAGUUGGUAUGGAGGGUUUUGGCCAAAUUUCACCUGAAAGAGAUAGAGCAGCUGCCCGUAGUGAUACAAGACGUGAAAUUCAAAAGAGCAACGGUACUACCGGACGAUGGAAAUGUCCAAUUCAUCGUGAAUAUCUUCAAGCAGUCUGGAAAUUUCGAAGUAUUCGAAGGCGGGUCAGUAGUCGCUUCAGGAAAAAUCAGCGUACCAAAAGACGUGACCAGAGAAUUCGUUCAACUUUCUGGUGAAAUCGAAGAAUCAGAACACAAUAGAAACUACCCCAAGCUAUCAGGCGAAGAUCUGUAUAAGGAAUGUCACUUGAGACGUUACAUGUACAAAGACUCCUUCAAAGCUGUCACAGAAUGCGAUGUCGACGGACUCAGAGCAAAAAUCCAAUGGAGCGGAAUGUUUACCAGUUUCAUGGACGCGAUGAUGCAUUCCAGCAUCAUUCGGGAACAUCGAAGAGAUAUCAGUCUGCCGACGAGUAUCGAGCAGAUCGUUAUAGACCCGAUAACUCACUUGAUGAUCGUGAAUACUGAGAAAGAAAUUCCGAUAACCAUGAAUUGCUACUGUGAAGUAAUUAGAGCUGGAGGGAUAGAAAUAGUCGGUCUUCACACUUCUAAAGCGCCUCGUCGCCAGAAAACGCAGCCAGAUCCCUACCUGGAGGUUCUCCACUUUGCUCGCUAUGCCUCUCCUUCGAACAAACAGCACGACUUGGAAACCUCGUUGAGAAUAGCUUUCCAGAUUAUCGCUGAGAAUUGCAUCGGCGUUAUCAAACAGCUGAAAAUUUGCGGAAUCGACGGAACUCGUACAGACCUAGAGCUAGGAACCAGAAUCAAAUCAAUUCUUGAUAAGCAGACGCUGACUAGAUACGACUAUGUCGAGAAGAAAACUCUAGCAACGGACGAUAGAGACAAAUUUGACGUGAUAAUGGUGGAUGAGGAAAGUGUGGCGAACGUGAAAAUGGAAUCGGUAUUUGAGAGUCUUGCUCCAGCUGGAUUUGUUCUAUACUUUGGCCAUGUUUCUGAAAGUGUUAACGAUAUUUCAACAGUUACCUUCCGAGCUGGAUCAACCGAAAACCAAAUUAGUCUUUUACGUCCCAGAACAGGACUGCCAAAGGACUACAAAGUCGUCAAAAUCAGCAACACCGACUUUGGAUGGUUGGAAAAGUUGAAAGAGCUACGCCAAGACAACCAGCAAGGAGUAGUGUACUUGGUCAGUCAAGGGGAACCUACCAGUGGGAUCAUAGGUCUAAUUAAAUGUUUAGUGGCUGAAAGCAGUGUACCUUACAAAUGCGUAUUCAUCGACCAAGAUUGUAAGGAAUUCUCCGUGAAUGACCACUUGUUCCGGAAGCAGUUGGAAAACAACCUCACUAUCAACAUUCUAAAGGCCAACGCAUGGGGCACUUUUACGUAUUUGCCUCCUUUCAUGAACAUCAAAACGGUGGAAACUGCUAGCGCUUCCUUGUCCAUCGACACUCUGGGAGACUUGUCAACCUUUAAGUGGAUACAGAGACCGACUCCAUCCUCUUUGCCACAAUUUCCCCCCCAGGAGUUGGCGGACGUUUAUUAUUCGGCGCUAAACUUCCGGGAUGUUCUGGUGGCGGCAGGAUCUUUACAAAUAGAACUGGAUUCGAAUGCGACGGCUGCCGAAGUCAAUCUCGGUUUCGAAUAUUCCGGAGUUACUUCUUCAGGCCGGAGAAUCAUGGGGAUGACGUUCGAGUCCGUCGCGUUGCAAGUGAGAGUCCAUCCGAGUCUGACGUGGGAAGUGCCCGAAACGUGGAGUCUGGAGGAGGCCGCUACUGUACCUGUUGUGUAUACGACAUGCUUUUAUGCGAUGUUAAUGAGAGGGCAGAUGAAAAGAGGAGAAUCGAUACUGAUUCAUGCCGGAACAGGAGGAAUUGGUUUGGCCGCCAUUUCCAUAGCUCUCAGCAUGGACGCCACAGUGUUCACAACCGUCAGUACCACCGAGAAGAAGGAAUUCCUCAAGAAAAAGUUCCCCGGACUCGAGGACAGAUAUAUCGGUAAUUCUAGAGAUAAGACUUUCCAGAACUUGAUUCUGAACGAAACAAAAGGAAGAGGCGUUGAUUUGGUAUUGAACUCUCUGGCCGGCGAUCUAUUUCAAGCCUCUUUGAAAUGCAUUGCGAAAAGGGGGCGAUUCUUAGAGAUCGGUAAAAUGGACUUCGUCCAGGGCUCUGCCAUUGAUUCGAGUAUGUUCUUGAAGGAUUGCAGCUUCCAUGGAAUCCAGCUGGAUGACCACUUUGGUUUGACCGAUGAGGUUAAUAGAAAGAUUUAUGAAUUGCUCAACGAUGGUAUCAACAACGGAGUAGUGAAGCCACUGCCAACCACCGUUUUCGGUAAAAACGAAGCAGAACAAGCGUUCAGAUUCCUAUCGACGGGAAAACACAAAGGAAAAGUCCUCAUAAAGAUCCGAGAUGAAGAUCCGAUAUCCCUUUCAAUAACGAAAACUAUUUCUGCCGAGGCGAAAGUCUACUUUGACCCGUCGAAGUCCUACAUCCUGGUGGGAGGCCUUGGAGGUUUCGGACUCGAAUUGACCAACUGGAUGAUCGAAAGAGGAGCAACCAAAAUUAUUUUGAAUUCAAGGAGCAAAGCAUUGAACGGUUACCAAGGACUGUGCUUGAAAAAAUGGGCGUUAUUCAAGAACGUUGUUGUGAAGGUAUCGAAUGCUGACACCGGCUCUUUGGAGGGGGCUGAAGAAUUGGUGACUCAGGCCCAGCAAAUGGGACCGGUUGGAGGAGUGUUCAACACCGCCUUGGUUCUGAGAGACUCGCUACUAGAAAACCAAACGAAAACCAUGUUCGAAGAGGUAUUCAAGGGCAAAAUCGUAUCUGGGCGAAAUAUGGAUGUCGUCACUCGCAAUCGGUGCCCGGACCUGGAAUAUUUCGUGAUGUUCUCUUCGAUAGCUGGCGGAAGAGGAAACGCUGGACAAACGAACUACGGGAUGGCGAACUCGGCGUUGGAGAGACUGUGUGAGAAGAGGCGGCAGGAAAAUCUGCCGGGGUUGGCUAUUCAGUGGGGGCCCAUUGGAGAUGUGGGCUUUCUGGCUGGUUACGAGGACAAGGUCGUCUUUGAUAUGCUACCACAACACAUAACUUCUUGUUUGAGAGCUCUUGAGAAAUUCAUGUUGGGAAAUUACGUUGUGGGAAGUAGCGUAGUUUUCGCAGACAACACAGUUUCUUCUACUUCAACUGCGGCCAGCCGAACUCCUGUUGAAGCUGCUGCUCAUAUUUUGGGCAUAAAAGACUUGA